AUGGCAACCGAUAAAGAGCUAUCAAAACAGUUGGAAGCGCAAAGAAAAGCAUUUGAAGCUCAGUUCGGCAGUUUAGAGUCUAUGGGGUUCGAAGACAGAACCAAAAUUGAUAACUUAGGGAGCGAGAAAAGUGAAGACAGUGAAGAUGGCGAUAACGGCGAAGGUGAGUCGGAAAACGAGUCUGACAGCAAUUGGGACAGUUUUGAAGGGUUUUCUGACGACGAAAUACAACAAAGCGACGAGAAAUUUCAAGAACGGAAACCUAAAGUGAUAAAAUUUCAAGAUCCAACUGAUUCGUAUGCUCCCCCGACGAAGCAGGAGCAGAGAUUGGUAAGAAGUGGACGGGCGCCAAAAUCGGCACUGGCGGAGUCUCGCGCUGCGCAAAUGGCCGAAUCUAAGAGGGUAGACAGUGAAGACAUGGAUACAGAAGCGGAAAAUCUCAAGAAUGAUUUGGAACUCCAGAGGUUUUUGAAAGAAUCGCACUUGCUAAGCGCGUUCCGCAGUGGCAGUAGCGGUGCAGAUCUUACUAUGAAAACGAUAGACAGUGCAGAGUAUCACGACGACGCACUGCAGGGCAAAGCACGCGCACGCACUUUAGAGAUGCGACUGAACAAUCUGUCCGCGACAAACGGACAAAACCGUAAGCUAGAGAAAGUGCCCAUGCACGUACGCAAGGGCAUGGUGAACAAACAUGUCAAGAAGAUUGCCAAGUUCGAAGAAGAUGCGCGCGAGGGUGGUAUCGUGCUGUCGAGGGUGAAGAAAGGUGAGUUCCGCAAAAUCGGUGCUACAUACCACAAGGACAUCGAAAGGCGUAUAGGCCAGAGCAUUGCAAUGAAGGAAUCCCAGCGGUCUGCUAAACGUCACCGCGGACCAAAAAUCCAUUCCAUAGGCAGAUCCACCCGGAAUGGAUUGGUCAUUUCGCAAGAGGAAAUUCGCAGAAUAAAUGGGACUUCAUCUUCUGGCAAGAGCAGAGGCAAGGUAAAUGGCAAACCUCGUCGGAAAUAA